GAUUUUUUUUCUUUCCCCCAAAUAAAAACCUGCAGGUAAAAUAGAACAGUGCUUCCUGUCGCUGUAGGUUACACGGUCUGAUUGAAGACUCUCUCUCUCUCUCUCUCUCUCUCAGUAGUCUUUGAUCAAUGGCUGAAGGUGAACCGCAGGUACAGUUCAAGCUGGUGCUGGUUGGGGACGGUGGUACAGGGAAGACCACCUUUGUGAAGAGACACCUGACUGGAGAGUUUGAGAAGAAAUACGUUGCCACGCUGGGGGUGGAGGUGCACCCCCUGCUCUUUCACACCAACAGAGGGGCAGUGAAAUUCAACGUGUGGGACACGGCCGGCCAGGAGAAGUUCGGGGGGCUGAGGGACGGGUACUACAUACAAGCUCAGUGUGCUGUAAUCAUGUUUGACGUCACGUCGCGUGUCACCUACAAAAACGUCCCCAACUGGCACCGCGACCUGGUGCGCGUCUGUGAAAACAUUCCCAUUGUGCUGUGUGGCAACAAAGUGGAUAUCAAGGAGCGCAAAGUGAAGGCGAAAUCCAUCGUGUUCCACAGGAAGAAGAACCUGCAGUACUACGAUAUCUCUGCGAAGAGUAACUAUAACUUUGAGAAGCCCUUUCUGUGGCUGGGCAGGAAGUUGAUCGGUGACCCCAACCUGGAGUUCGUUGCCAUGCCAGCGCUGGCCCCGCCCGAGGUUUCCAUGGACCCCGCACUGGCAGCCCAAUAUGAGCGGGACCUGAAGGUCGCUUCGGAAACGGCAUUACCAGAUGAGGACGACGACCUCUGACCUACCGAACCUCAACCCUUAGGAUUCCAGAGGGGGGCGGAGUUUCCCUGUUUGAACAUUCUGAACCAAAGCCCCUCUCUCUCACUGUCAUCUCUCGUUCCCUCCUCUCUUCUCCCUCCUUCUGUCAUCUCUCGCUCCCUCCUCUCUUCUCCCUCCCUGUCAUCUCUCGCUCCCUCCUCUCUUCUCCCUCCCUGUCAUCUCUCGCUCCCUCCUCUCUUGGUUAAAUUAUAUGCAGCAAACAGCACUUAAAAAAAUUAAAGUCACAUCAGAAAGAUGUAGAAUUACAUUAUUGUAGGUUUGCUAGCAUGAGAAAUUGAAUGACAGAGCUGGGCAGAGCAGGGCUGCGAAACUGCCAUUCGACAGCAGGGGCAUCCAGUCCUGCUUUCAUUAGAACAGAAUCUUAAAAAAAAAGCAUAUCUACAUAAAAAUCUCUAAAAUGAAACUUAGGAACCAAAAAUGUGUGCUGUGCGUGCUUUCAUUACUUGAAUUAAAACGUUUUUAUAAUCAGAGAUGAAUCUCUCUCUGUCGUGGAGAGACGCAGUCCCAGUGCAAAGUGACUGUUUGAGACAAACUGGUUUCACACCUUCCCACUGCGACAACAAACACCCUGUCACUAGCAACGUGUCACAUUUCAACAGCAGAACAUCUAAAAACACACUUCCCUUUACAACUGAAUACACACACACACACACACAAUCCUGUUCAGGAGGGUCAAAUCCCAGCUCAGCCCGACUCACUGUA